AUGGAGAAUAACAAUGAGAAUUCUAGUGCUGCCAAACCAAUGCACCCAGGACAUGUGAGUGAUUGAAAAUCGAGAAGGACCGCAACGAAAGGGUUCAGGUUAUCGAUAACAAAUGGAAAAUCAAGGCUCUUUUGGGAAAAGGAGCGUGUGGAGUUGUGUACAAAGUGGAGGACAGAAGCCGCAAGGGAUACUGUGCGGCGAUGAAGAUCGAGUACGAUUCGGAGGAGUACGAUCGGACCCUGCAGAUCGAAGUGCACGUGCUGAACAAGCUGAAGGAGUUCAAGGAUGUGCUCAAGAUGAUCGACUGCGGAAAGAGGAAGCAUUACUCGUGAGGGAAUAAGGGGGUGGCGGAAGAGAAAACGGAGGAUUGCAGGUACAUGGUGACCACCCUUUGCGGCAAAGAUCUGAUGGCUCUUCGCAUGAAAAUCCAGAGGGGAUUCAACGAUACGACGGUGUUGCGCGUGGCGCUCUUCACUCUGUACGGCCUCAAACAACUGCAUGAGGCGGGAUUCGUGCAUCGAGAUGUGAAGCCGGGCAAUAUAAUGACGGCGGGCAACCGGGGACACGAUUCCCGCUGUUUCAUCCUCAUCGACUUCGGAAUGGCACGUUCGUUCGUGGUGACCGGCGAAGACGGAAAGAAGAAGUUACGGCCGAUGCGGAGAAAGAUUCCGUUGAGAGGCACUCUGCGGUACUGCUCGAUGAAUGUGCACGAGCGGCUCGAGCAGGGACGGUGCGACGAUCUGAUCGCAAUGAUUUACACUCUGGUCGCGGUGACUCUCCAGUUGCCGUGGGCUCAUCUGAAGGAGGAGAAGGAAGUGAUGGCGAUGAAGAAGGCGACGAAGGAUGCGGCUCUGUUCGAGGUGAGCACGAAGAUCUAACUGGGAAUGAGGGAGAAUCACAGGAUCUGCCGGAAGAGUUGAAGACGAUCUUUGAGUAUCUGAAGACGUUGCACUACGCCGACAGACCCGCCUACGACAAGAUCUACAAUUUGGUGGGUGACUGGGAACCUUCCGAGGAUGGUGUGAAAUGAUUUCAGUUAAUGGCAGCCAUCACUCGUAUGAAGAUCAACUUUUUGGAUCCGUACGAGUGGGAAGACGAGGAGAUCGAACGAAUGGCAAAGGCGGAAAAAGAGGAGAAGGAGGAGAAGACGGAGAAGGCAGAGUCGGAGAAGACGGCGAUUUCAGCGAAGACUGUGAAGAAGGACGUGGCGGCUGUCGUGGAAGCGGAAGAAGAGAAAAAGAAGAAGGAGGACGCGGACGGACCACAGAACACUGCGAACGUCGACAAGGGGAGCAGCACGAUGCACAGCGCGAAAGACGCGGCACACAGUGGUUCGGACACGGACGUCGACUCGAAAAUAAGUGGGGAACGGCUAGAGAAACAUAAAUACAUAGAAACGAAUUCAGAAGGUUUGACUGCUGACGAACACAAAGAACUGGACACGGCGAUCGAGUGUGAUCCGCGGGAGAUGGACACUAAGAAGGCUCUUUCCAGUGAGCACAGUUUUGCCGUUUGGAAACUUUUCUUUCUCAUUUCAGGGGACGAACUCCAAUUUGUCGUUUUCCCGCCGAUCGCCGCUCGCAACUUCACGGAGGUCGUCAUUCCCUUCUGA